GGACUUCGCUCUAUGUCAGUGCAGGCUCGGCAACCUCUAUGACUGUUGUACCGGCCCUGGCUAUUGUGCAACCGGGUUGGUUUUCUGCACUUUAAUAGACGGCAGAGAAGCGCUGCAUUUAAUGAUCAUCCAGAUUUGUUAAUAUCUGGUUAAUCAUUAAAGUGUCGGUGAUCCCUGCCGUACCGCUGGCUGCAGAUCAGCUGUGCACCGAGAAGGAAUGUUUGCCCGGCUGCCCCUGUCUGGCAUAUUUUUCCUCCCCAGCAGGAUGUCCUCCACAUCGUGUGCCCCCGUUCUCCCCGCGUCCCUCCUGCGAUCAGCUGCAUAUGUAGGGGGCUCAUGGCUGCACAGCUCGGAUUCUGCCUCGUUCCCGGUGCUGGACCCUGCUACCGGUGCCGAGCUGGUCCAAGUCAGUGACUGUGGCCCCACAGAGUGCAGGGAGGCACUGAAGGCGGCCUCAGGGGCCUUCCAGACGUGGAGAGAGGUGUCUGGCAAGGAGCGAAGUGUCCUGCUGCGUAAGUGGUACGAUCUGAUGAUCCAGAACAAAGAAGAUCUCGCCAAGAUAAUCACAGCAGAAAACGGCAAGCCCAUGAAAGAGGCACUCGGAGAGAUUCUUUACGCAGCUGGCUUUCUGGAAUGGUUUUCAGAGGAAGCUCGGCGUAUAUACGGAGAUGUGAUAUCCGUACCGCUAAAAGACCGCAGAGCCUUGGCCCUCAAGCAACCUGUUGGAGUGGCGACAAUCAUUACCCCGUGGAACUUCCCCAGUGCGAUGAUUACAAGGAAGGUGGGAGCUGCCCUGGCUGCCGGCUGCACCGUUGUGGUGAAGCCUGCAGAAGACACGCCAUUAUCUGCAUUGGCACUUGCAGAGCUUGCUCACCAGGCAGGGAUUCCAGCAGGGGUGUAUAAUGUUGUUCCAUGCUCCAGGGAGAAGGCGCCAGCUGUUGGAGAGAUCCUUUGCACGGAUCCGUCUGUUGCAAAAAUUUCUUUCACAGGGUCUACAGCGACAGGAAAGAUCUUGCUUCGCUAUGCUGCUGACUCCGUGAAGAGGGUGUCUAUGGAGCUCGGUGGACAUGCGCCAUUCAUUGUAUUUGACAGUGCAAAAGUUGACCAGGCUGUAGCAGGGGCUCUCGCUUCAAAGUUUCGGAAUUCCGGGCAGACAUGUGUAUGCACAAAUAGAUUUCUGGUUCAGAAAGGAAUACAUGAUGUCUUUGUGAAAAAGUUAACUGCACUGAUCCAAAAAGAGCUGCGUGUUGGGAAUGGAUUUGAAGAGGGAGUCAACCAGGGCCCUCUCAUCAAUUAUAAAGCUGUGCAGAAGGUAGAGCAGCAUGUCAGCGAUGCUGUAUCUAAAGGAGCUCGUAUUGAAGCUGGCGGCAAACUAUCUUCUGCGGGGAAGAAUUUCUAUGAACCAACUUUGCUAAGCAAUGUCACAACAAAAAUGCUUUGCUCACAAGAGGAAACAUUUGGCCCCCUGGCUCCAGUAAUAAAGUUUGACACAGAAGAUGAAGCCAUUGCCAUUGCAAAUUCCGCCAAUGUGGGCUUAGCAGGCUACUUCUAUUCUCAAGACCCAGCACAGAUCUGGAGAGUGGCUGAACGCCUUGAAGUUGGCAUGGUAGGAGUCAAUGAAGGUCUGCUGUCUUCUGUAGAGUGCCCGUUUGGUGGAGUAAAGCAGUCUGGUCUUGGCCGGGAAGGGUCAAAAUAUGGCAUUGAUGAAUAUUUAGAAAUUAAAUAUGUUUGCUUUGGGGGCCUAUAAUAUAAACUAGGUUUAUAAACAUUCUUCGACAGGAUACUCAGCAAAACGUGCCAUACACCCAGUUGGAAAAUGUAUUAAUGACAGAUGUAUGCUUUUAGAAGAAAAUUAAUGUUUUGAAUUAUCUGUUCCAGUGACGUUACAUUCUAUUCUGUAACGCUUUCCCUAGGCUAUUGUCGUGGGUCAGCUUCCUGGGAUUUUUUGUCUUAAUGUAGAAAAGGUCUAAAUAACAUAACUUAAAAGUUUAUUUUAAACUUUAUGUAUGGUUGUCAUAACAACAAUGUUUGUAUUGGAAAAUUCUUUGUAAUGUUUUUCUUUGUUUUCUGGAGGUGAACGCAUUAUUUUAAUUUGUCUGGCCUUUGACUUGGACAAUAUUAACUAAGUUUGUAUGGUGUUUAGUUGCAUGACUAGAAGCAGUGUGCUCUGUCUUAGGCUGGAACCCCUUUUGCCCCCCCCCAAGAGCAGGUAGGCUCUUCAGUGCACCACUGCUCAAUGGGUCGGUCACAAGGGUCCUCUCCAUAACCUGUGGUCGUAGAACCAGUUCUUCUACAGUACUGCACGUCAUUAAUAGUUGGAGUACCACGAUAGCGCGUUAUAUGCCAGCCCUCAGAGAAUUACAUUAAAAAAACUGCCCAGAAGUUGAAUACUUCAGAGGAUUUUUUUUAUUUUUAAAACUCCAGGUAAUCUCUAAACCAACAUUAAUGAGACCGUUCCAUGUUAAACAUAUUUUUCAUAGUAUUAAUAU